UUCAACACGCAUUUCCUCGAUUAAUUCCCAAUUAAUCCAUGGGAAAGAAAGAUCGUUCUCUUCUGAUUUCAAUCGGUAGAAAUAACCCCUUCCUCUUCGCCAGUUCCCAAAUUAAUUCUAUUGGGAAUUUAUGCUGCGAUUCAAUUUACAUUGAGUAAGUAUUUCUCCCUCCAUUUCUUGAUUGUUUUCACGAAUUUAUGUGUUUUUCUGUAACAUCAUUGGAUGAAUUCAUUUAAUUCGAAAAGUGGGUUCUUCCCCGACGAGGUUGUGAUUCAGAUUCUCGCAAGAUUGCCGAUUAAAUCCCUAAUUAGAACCAAAUGCGUUUCCAAGGCUUGGCGUAGCCUAAUUUCUGAUAAAUACUUCACAAAGAUUUAUAACGAAAAUUCAAUUCGAAACCCUAAUGUGCUCGUAGAGAUCACCGAUCCCACCUCGGAAUCGAGGCCAAGUUUGAUUCUUGUUGACAAUUUGAGAGGUGUCUCCGAAUUCUCACUGGAUUUCAUCAAGGAUAGAGUUAGGGUUAAGGCAUCUUGCAAUGGAUUGCUAUGCUGCUCUAGUAUUCGUGACAAGGGCGUUUAUUAUGUGUGUAAUCCGAUGACUCGGGAGUUUCGGCAGCUCCCGCGAACCCAGGAGAGGCCGUUGACUCGAUUUUACCCUGACGGGGAGGCCAUGCUUGUGGGCUUAGCUUGUGAUGUUGUGACGGGGAGGUAUAACGUGGUGUUGGCCGGUUACCACCGCUCGUUCGGGCAUAGGGCCGAGAGGACCUUUAAGUGUAUGGUGUUUGAUUCGGAGACAGGAAAUUGGAGGAAGUUUGUGUCGUUGCAGGAUGAUCACUUCACUCAUAUGAAUCGGAACCAGGUUGUGUUUGCCAAUGGUGCGUUGCAUUGGCUCACGGCUAGCUGCUCGUGUUUGCUUGUUCUUGAUUUGGACUGUGAGUCGUGGAGGAAGAUUUCGUUGCCUGGGCAAGUGGUGUGUGGGAGUGGGAAUCGGGUUUAUUUGCUUGAGUCGGAUGGGAGGGUGUCGGUUGUGCAGAUCUCGGAUGUGUGGAUGAGUAUAUGGGUGAUGGAGGAGUACGGGAGGGAGGAGUGGUCGUUGGUGGAUAAGGUUAGCCUGCGGUGCAUAAGGGGGAUGGUACCGGGGGUGUUCCCGAUUAGCCAGACGGAGCAGUGCGUGUUCCUCGCGACGCACAAGCAGGUCUUGGUUUACCAGCGGAGGACGCGCGUGUGGAUGGAGAUGUACGCGUUGAAGAACGCUGCGACGCUGCCGUUGUGGUUCUCGGCUCAUGCUUUUAAAAGCACUAUAGUUUCCUGCUAGGGACUCUUGUCUGUUACUGUGCAUUUUGUGGAUUGAAAUCUGGUUUUGUGAAUCAAAGUUUGUACAGUUGUAUAAAUUUCAUAAUAUAAUCUGCUGCAGAAUUAGUGUUUGUAUUUUCUUCUUGAUUUUGGUAUCUCCAAAAAUUGGCUGAUUACUAUUAUAAUUCUUUGAUUUGUUUGAGCUUUCUUAAUGA